UCGCGCAUGCUCCGUGUAUACAGGAAUUUCCGUAAUUAUUUUGACCUGACUACGUAUGACGCAGUGUUUCCCGAAGAAAAAUUACAAGGAAAUAGCUUAUAUUUUAUUUGAGUUUGACAUCAGCAGGGGCACCCCUGGAUUGCUGCCAGACAGCAUUCUCUUCGAGCCCUUCGACAGAAUGACAAUCUUGUACAGCUGUAUAGCUAGGGGGACUACCCUCCUGGUGGAACGCUCAGCCAGCGAUGGGCACAACUUCUCCAGCGUGUGUCGGUCCAUGCUGCCAAAAUAUCAUUCUAUUCUGACUCCGAAACGUUAUACCAAUCAGAUGAGUACGUGUACCUGGUGAUGGUACGCAAGGGCAUCGCAUACAUCUGUGUGGCCAUUCGUGAAGAUUUUAGCACGGAGAAGUCGUUUGAUUUCUUGAAAGAGAUCAUCCAAUACGUCUGGACCAUCGACUGGCACAAAAAGCGCCUCCAACGCGCUGGCGAACAUGAGCUGGACUCGGACCUCAUCCCGGAGCUCGAAAAAAAAAUGGACUUCUUUUCCGACAUCCACAAUCAACAACUUUGGAAACAGAAGUAUGAAAUGAAAGACCUCGUUGUAAAGGCUAUCGAUCAUCUGAUUGGAGAACCUGAUAAUGAAACAAUCAAGUUUCUGCAGGACACCGAAUUCAAGAAGUGUGAACGCAAGAAGAAUUCCAAGUGCGGGAAGAAUUGCAAGAUUUGCUGCACAAUAAUGUAGUUGUGUUCGUCAACGCAGUCGUGAUUGUCCUCAGUCUGAAGAUCGCGGGUGUCUUCUGAUCGCCAUUCCUGAGAUCUCAUGUUCCGCAUUCUUGUUUGCAAAACAGCUUGAUUGAUUCUGGAUAAACUCUGUUCGGUUGUUUGUCUUCUGUCUGUCUGUCUGCUGGGUGGGCGGACUGUUUGUCGGUCUGUUUGUUGGUUUGUUGUUUUUCCUUUUUUUGUU